AUGCCACGAGCGUUCGGAAUCCGAGUUUGUGUGUUCGGAUAUCAAGACGACCUAACCACAACCAUCGGUAGAGCGCGCUGUUGCUUUGCACAGGCUCCCUUCUCCCCUCCUCCCUCCUUCUCUCGGUCACAUCUGGACCUCCGCUCCUGUCUCCUCAUCCCCGCUCAGCGCAGUGAGACACAGGGAGAGAGGCUGGGAGGGCAUCGGCUGCUAAUCACUCACAAGGAGCCGAGGAGACCAGCAGCGUCCACUUACACCAUCUCCUCCAUCUCCUCCAGCGGUCUCUCUCAUCUGCCCCUUUUAGAUUUAUCUUAUAUUCCCGCUAUGAUGAUGAGUUCCAGCCUUUUGCAAAACCCAGUGCAGGCUAUUCUGUACCUCCGGGAGCUGACCACGAUCGUGCAGAACCAGCAAAGCCUCAUCCAGACGCAGCGCGCACGGAUAGAGGAGCUUGACCGACGCGUGGAUGAGCUAAUCGGGGAGAAUAGGCACCUACGAGACGUGAGGGUGAUCCAGCAGCAGCAACAGCAGCAGCAGCUUCCAUAUUACCAUCACUUGCACCAUUUGGACACGACCUGCCAUCACCACCAACCUACCCUAGAAAAGCCAGAGGACGCGCCUGAUGCUGCAGCCCCCGCGGUGGAAUCGUCGUCUCCGCAACAGCUGGACCCCGGGAAUAUGCAACUCGUCCCCGCGGAGCCGUCCACCGUGUCCCCCGUGGAGAGCGACCCGGACAAUUUGGGUAACUGCGGGGGUUGUAGAUCCUUGGUGCCCAUGACCCCUACCACACUAUGUCGCUCCUUGGCUCUGGCAAGGAAAUCUGAGAGUGAGACCGUGCUGCAUCAGUUCUGCUGUCCCGCCCCAGAGCACCCCGAGACAGACACUGGAUCAGCGGGUGGUCCCCUGCUGAGCCUAGAAGACGGGACAUCGCCAUGCGCACAGACCGUGGAGGGAACAAAGAGAGAAGGUCUCAGCGAGUACGAAAACACCAAUAAGCAGAUAGAAGAACUGGAGCUCAAGUACGGCGGUCACCUUCUGGCCCGUCGUGCUGCCUGCCGCAUCCAGAUGGCGUUCCGACAGUACCAGCUCAGCAAAAACUUUCAAAAGAUCCGCAACUCGCUGUCAGAGAGUAAGCUUCCGCGCCGCAUUUCCCUGCGCCAGCCCAGUCCUUCGGGCCGCAGCCGAAACUCCACCCAAAGGCACAGCUACAACCUGCACCCGGGACCGGCCCAGGUGCCUCUACGCUCCAAGACCCCUCCCCCUCCGCCCUGUCGCUCUACCUCUCUGCCCCCCUCCCCCGCCUCGGCCCCCAGCGCCCCACCCAGCUCAGCAACCGCACAGCCCCCACCACAGACUCCCGGGCCCUCGCUCACCCAGCUGGAGGACUGCUUCUCUGAACAGCUGCACUCCCUGGCUCAGUCCAUUGACGAAGCCCUGCGAGGCUGGAGCUUGUCUGGAGAAGCUGGAGAGGGCAAGCUGCUCAUGGACCCCGGGGCCCUGCGUGUGGCGGCCGAGAGCGCGGCCAUACCUCGCAGCGCCAGCUCCCUGCUCAUGGCCUUCAGAGACGUCACGGUUCACAUAGACACCAACAGCUCUUACACCAUCUCCUCCGCUACCACCACCACCACCACCUCCCUGGGCACAGCCGGGGGAGCAGCUCCAGGCAGCAGGAAGACCUCUGUGAGCGGGCUGGAUGAAGACGACUUCCCGGCGCCUCCACCAAGUGAGGAGUUGGAAAUGGGUGACCCCGGGUCCAGAAGGGGCUCUGCUGUGCCUCUGCCCGGAGGAGCAUUGGGGUCAGAAGAGUUGGGCUCCACCGGUACUUCUACCUCCACAGCAAUCUCCACCGGGACACAGUCCAACCAGCCCUCUCACAUCUACACUCAGUACCAGCAGUACCAUUACAGCCACCCGUCGCAGGCUCCUGGGGGCCCCAGUCCGGAGUCUCUGCAGGCUCUGGUUGUGUCCGUGCCCCGAGAUCGUUGUCAGGACCCUGCUCUGUGUCGCUCGCCCACACUGUCCACGGACACGCACCGCAAACGCCUCUACCGUAUUGGACUCAACCUCUUCAAUGUAAAUCCCGAGCGGGGCAUCCACUUCCUGAUCACACGUGGCUUUGUCCCAGACACGGCUAUCGGAGUGGCUCACUUCCUGCUGCAGAGGAAAGGCCUGAGCCGGCAGAUGAUCGGAGAGUUUCUGGGCAACGCAAAGCUGCAGUUCAACAGAGAUGUACUCGACUGUGUGGUGGAUGAGAUGGACUUCUCAGGCAUGGAACUGGAUGAGGCGCUCCGCAAGUUCCAGGCCCACGUGCGGGUCCAGGGGGAGGCCCAGAAGGUGGAGAGGCUCAUCGAGGCCUUCAGCCAGCGGUACUGCAUGUGUAACCCGGACGUGGUGCAGCAGUUCCACAACCCCGACACCAUCUUCAUCCUGGCCUUCGCUGUGGUGCUCCUCAACACCGACAUGUACUCCCCCAACAUCAAGCCUCAGCGCAAGAUGGGCCUGGACGACUUUAUACGCAACCUGCGGGGGGUGGAUGACGGAGCGGAUAUCCCCAGGGACAUGGUGUCUGGGAUCUACGAGAGGAUCCAGCAGAGGGAGCUGCGUUCCAACGAAGACCAUGUGACCUACGUGAGCCGUGUGGAGCAGUCCAUUAUGGGGCUCAAAACUAUCCUGGCCGUCCCGCACCGGCGCCUGGUCUGCUGCUGCCGCCUCUUCGAGGUCCCAGAUGCCAACAAGGCUCACAAGCAGAAGCUGUCCCAGAUGCAGAGGGAGGUGUUCCUGUUCAACGACCUGCUGCUGAUCCUGAAGCUGUGUCCAAAGAAGAAGAGUGCGGCCUGCUAUACCUUCUGUAAGGCCAUGGGUCUGCUGGGGAUGCAGUUCCACCUCUUCAGCAACGAGUACUACGCCCACGGCAUCACCAUGAUGAGCCCGUUCACCUCGGAGAAGAAGCAGCUGGUGAGUUUCUGCUCCCCCAGCGGAGAGGAGCUCCGCAAGUUUGCAGAAGAGCUCCGGGAGGCCAUCGCCGAGGUCAACGAGAUGGAGCAGAUCCACAUCCAGUGGGAGUUGGAGAGGCAGCAAGGCAUCCAGCACAGCAUCAACAGUAACGGGGGUCAGAUGGAGCACACAGGCCACGGCUCACCCUCAGGCACACGGGACAUUUAUGACAAAACGGGCAACAACAACACGGUGGAGGUGUCAAUUCACAACAGGCUGCAGACCUAUCAGCUGAGCCAGCCCGCCAUUGAGUCGGCCCCCUUGGCUCUGACGGCGCCCCCCGCCCUGCUCAGCCCUGUCCCCGCCGGAGAGCUGCGCCCAGAGACCCUGAUCCAGUGUCAACAGAUCGUCAAGGUGAUAGUGGUGGAUCAGAGCGGCAGAGGACGUAUGGAGGCUUUCCUGAGCCAGGGCCCAGCCACUCACCAGCUCAUCCAGUCUGCUCUGUCCACCCCUGUGCGUGUGCCCAGCGACGGCCCCCAGCCCCCUCUGCCUCCCCCUCCUCCCCCCUACAACCAUCCACACCAGUUCUGCCCCCCUGACUCCCCCAUGCCUCUGCACCACACCAUGCCUCUGAUUCGCCGCCGCAACUCUAGCGGCUCCCGGAGCAUUGUCUGA